UCUUAAUGGAUGCACAACCCCGCCGUGUGCGCUUCGAAGAGUCCCGCGUUCCCCUCACAAGGCCUCGAUUGUCUCACGCCAGUGAUUUUUUUUAUAUAUACUGUGCCCACCGUAGUAGUUUCGUCCGUGUUUGUUGUCCGGCCAGAGUCGAACGUCGUUAACUCUCAUUAAAAGUUAUUUCGUUGCUUGGCGUAGCGUAGGUUUUGUUGUUGUUGUUGCAGGCGUGCGCGUAUCGUCAACUGUCGGCGAUCCGCGGGCGUUGUUGCGUGCUCGAUGAAUGUGCGAGGCCAACCCCCACGGGUUCGAUUGUUAAACGCCCUGCGCUGCGCCUGCAAGACCUGCGCCAGCAGCAACUACAUCUGCGAGACGAAUGGCAUGUGCCAGGUGAUCGCCGUGCGUAAUAAGGACGGUCAUGUCACCAACGACCGCAAGUGCUUGACGACAGAGAGCCUGCAGCCGCCAGAGCGGCCCUUCCUGUGCGUCGACUCCGUGGGCUCCCAGUCGCGGUUCAAGGUGCAGUGCUGUUCGCAGGACCUGUGCAACAACAAAACGCUCUCGCUGGAUCCGGUGCAUAAUAACGAAGCAGGAAAACAGCCAGAUGAGCGCCCGAUGAGUUCCCUGGAGCUGGCAGUGGUCGUUCUGGUGCCGACCGUGCUGUUGGUCGUGGCACUCAUCGCCUUCCUGUGCCAUCGCCGCUCGCUGCACCGUCACCGCCACCAUCCCGUGCCCGAGUUUGAUGCCGAGCCCUACCGCGAGGACUCCUUCAUCCCCGAUGGGGCCUCCAUCAAAGAUCUGCUCUAUGAGAUGACCACCUCUGGCUCGGGCUCAGGCCUGCCACUGCUGGUGCAGCGCACCAUCGCACGCACGGUGGCGCUGCAGGAGAGCAUAGGUAAAGGCCGCUUUGGCGAGGUGUGGCGCGGAAAGUGGCGCGGGGAGGAUGUUGCCGUCAAAAUCUUCUCGUCACGUGAGGAGCGCUCGUGGUUCCGUGAGGCCGAGAUCUACCAGACCGUCAUGCUGCGCCACGAGAACAUCCUGGGCUUCAUUGCCGCCGACAACAAGGACAAUGGCACGUGGACCCAGCUGUGGCUGGUGUCGGACUACCAUGAGCACGGCUCUCUCUUCGACUAUCUCAACCGCUACACGGUGACGGAGGAGGGCAUGGCUCGCAUGGCCCUGUCCAUCGCCAGUGGGCUCGCUCACCUGCACAUGGAGAUUGUGGGGACUCAAGGCAAACCGGCCAUUGCGCACCGAGACCUAAAGUCAAAGAACAUCCUGGUAAAAAAGAAUGGCACGUGCGCUAUCGCCGACCUGGGUCUCGCCGUGCGCCACGACUCGGCCACUGACACCAUCGACAUCGCUCCCAACAACCGAGUUGGCACAAAACGGUACAUGGCUCCGGAGGUGCUGGAUGACACCAUAAACCUGAAGCAUUUUGACUCGUUCAAGCGUGCCGACAUGUACGCGUUGGGGCUCGUGUACUGGGAGAUCGCACGUCGCUGCACGCAAGGAGGAGUAUUGGACGAGUACCAGCUGCCCUACUAUGACGUGGUGCCAUCAGACCCAUCCGUGGAAGAGAUGCGCAGGGUGGUGUGUGACCAGAAGCUACGUCCCAGCAUCCCCACACGCUGGCACAGCUGCAAGAUGCUGCACAUUGUGGCCAAGAUCAUGCAGGAGUGUUGGUACCACAACGCAGCGGCUCGACUCACGGCGCUGCGUGUCAAGAAGUCCCUUUCACAGAUGCAGACGGCCCUGGCGUAGUAACACCACUGUGCCACCAACUUGGAACUCCACAACACCUCAGUACCGGAAGCCGAAAGCGCAGGGAUAUUGAACAAAUGUUUGUCUUUUUUUUUUACAGAUGUUUUGAAAUUAGUUUUGCUUUAAUUCCUUCCUGGUGUUAUUGUUUUGUUUCUACUAUUUUGUUUUUAAAACUCGGGCCUGAGUGCCGUAAUGCACGACAUGCCCAGUCUUUGGCAAGGUCUCAAUCUCCAGUAGGGUGUUACACUGUGCUUUGUCGUGCUGUUCUGUAGAACACCCUUCCCUUUUAAUUAUCAGGAUGUGCAAGCGAAGGGGCAGAGAGUUGCACCUUUUGUUGGAAUUCAAAGGUGUAAACCAAUGGCCAAAUUGGUGAUGAGUUCAGGGGCACCGUUCAAUUUUGCUAAAUCGUGCUUUGAAGAGUGCUUGGAUGGGGAUAUAUUCUCCAACCACUUAGAGCCUCCAGACUACCUCACUCCUUCCAAUGUAUAUCCAUGGCUUUUCAGGACUUCAUGCCUCCAGCGCAGAGGCCAGGGGGGGCAGCGUGUGUGUUGAGUCAGCUUAAAGAAUGAAAAACCAGUGUUAACAUAAACUUUCCGAUUGUCACCAUGAUUUUUUAUUACUUUUUUUUUUCAAUGCAUUGCCACCUUAAUUACAAAUAGUGAUAUUUGGUGACUAGUUUCAUUUGUAAUUUUGUCUUUAUAGUCAACAACCUGACAUCAUGAAAGUUCAGGUUUUCUCUGCGUAAGAUAAUAUUAACGUAUUUACUAUGUUAACACCAGACGUUUUCUAAGCCAUAGCUCAAGCCAUAAACAGGACCUUGUAAAUCACUGAUAUGGUAAACUAACCUUACACUUUUUUAGGAACUACUCCAGACAGAUGUAUGUGCAUCGGAUGAGUAAAAAACACCCCACAAUAACCACAUGUAAGUUUUGCACAAUGUGCCAGCCUGAAUUUUUCCCCAGUGUCCACAUGGUGCAGGAGUAUUGAGCAUUUAAGGGAAUCUAUUGAGCAAGUUGACGGGCAACAUCUGCGGCUCAUUGGGCAAAUCAUUGUGGCAUUUUGUAACUGGUAAGGCCUUUACCUGGACAGAAAAAUGGUGUACUUAAAUUUUAUGCAACAUACAAACAUUUGAAUGUAAUCUGCGUAAGCUCAGUGACUUUUUUUAUUUCGUAUGCACGGUCAUUUUUCCUCGGAGCCUCAAAUUUCCGUCGUAAUCUUAACUAAUGAAAGUAAGCACGGUUCACCUCACUGCGAUUAAAGGAUUGUUUUUUUCAUUGAAUUUUUAAAAACAAGCAUUCACAAAUAGGAUUUGGAUAUAGGAUGUAAUGACAAGCAUAGUGAUUAGGGAAUUAUCACAUUUGAUAAAGGUACUUUUUGACUGCUCAUUGGAUGUACGCAGUUGUGAUUAAAGUUUUAUACAAAGAUUUUAUGUCUAAUUAAUUAAGUGUAAAACCUAACUAUAGCAACAGGAGUUUUUUUAAGUUAAAUUUUUAUAGUUUUUUAUUUUAGUACUCAUUGCCUUUUUCUUACAAUUAACAGUCGAGCACUUAUCCAUUGUAAAUAUUAUUUUUUACCGUUGACAAAAUUUUCUUUUUAAUUAUGUGCCAGGUGAUGUACAUAGAUUUUGAAAAUAUGAAUAUCGGUGUGCUGUUUAAAUUAUCUAGGUCUACUGCAUCCCAAAAGAGUGGAGUUGUGUUUAUCGAUGUACUGAAUUAUAAAUCUGAAAGACAAAUUGAUGGCUAAUAACUGACCUGUUAUGUGUGUAAUGUUCAAUUGAUGUUAGGGAUAUAUACAUUAUAGACGAUGAAAUGUUUUAAAUUAUGUGCAAAAUUAGUUUCAAAAAGUCAUGUUCUUACACUGCUGUAACCUAUAAUUCUAAACAGCCUUGUAACAGAUUUGUUACAGAGCUGUGACUAAGAUUGUGUUUGUGAUUUGUAUAUAAAUUGUUUAUAUAUGUAUAUAAUGGUAACAGGUUUUUUUUGCAGUUUAAACAUAACUCUACGCUUCAAAUUUAUUAGAAAUAACAUGUUCUGCUCUGAGAACAUUCUCUUGUAAAAAUGUAAAGCAGUACACAAACUUAGUCGGCUCAUGUACCUUUUGAGUCGGUUCUGCUUUCAUUUUUUCAAAAGAUCGCUCAUAUCCAGCGGUGAUUGUCACAUCAGAUGAUAGUUGUGGAUAUCCUAGACAGAAUUGUUUUGUGUUGACAGCAUUACUUUUGCCCUUGUGGUAAGCUUAUCAACAGGAAUUUGGAAACAGUACUAAACCAGAGUUUAGUUCAUUUUAAAAGGUGUACAAAAUGAUAUGUCGUGCUGUGUGGGCUUUGGCCAUGUAUUGUGCAACAUUGCGUGGACCAUGUAAAGUUAAAUCGGAUUACAUGUACUUUCUAAAAUUA